AAGGCCGUUAUCAACCAGGAAGUAGAUUCACACCGUCAAUGGAGGCCAUCUUGAUUAAUUAUAACAAAAUGUUGGCGUUUUGGAUUGCUAGGCAGUUUUAAGCAGACCACAGGAUUGUCAUUUGAAGACAGGUGCUAUGUCGUUACUUGUGGCAAGUAUUGACUUGGGCACUACUUUCUCUGGAUGGGCGUACAGCUACAAGCAUGACUACAAAACAAGCAGGAACAGUAUACGCACGAAGAACUGGCACGCCAGCUCGCACAUCUCACAGAAAGCACCAACAGUGGUCUUGAUUAAACCUGAUGGCAAGACGCUUCACUCGUUUGGAUACGAUGCAGAGUCCAAAUACGCAGAUCUAGCUGAAACAGGCGACCACAAGGAUUGGUACUACUUCAGACGGUUCAAGAUGCUUUUAUUCGAUAGAAAGGGCGUGCAAGUAAAUACACUCAUCGAAGAAACCGGUGGAAAAAAUCUCGAAGCCAUUGAAGUAUUCUGCCUAACCAUCAAAUGCAUCAAAGACGACCUCAUUGCAACGGUCAAGCAACAACUGUCUGGAGAAGAAUUCAAAGAGUCGGACGUAUCUUGGGUUGUCACCCUGCCAGCCAUUUGGAAUGACGCAGCCAAGCAGUUUAUGAGAUGUGCCGCUGAAAAGGCUGGAAUUGACAAAGACAAACUUACCAUAGCUUUGGAACCUGAAGCAGCCUCGUUACAUUGUCGACAUUUGCCAAUAGAAAAAAAUGUUGGGGAUUCGGAUGCCAGUCUCUGCAAAUAUCCUAUAGGAACGAAGUACAUUGUGGUAGAUGCUGGUGGAGGGACUGUCGACAUCACUGUGCAUGAAUAGUGAGUGAGAACACAGUCCGCGAACUGCACAAAGCCAGUGGAGGCGCCUGGGGAGGUACAAAAGUGGACGAUGCGUUUGAGCAACUUAUUGAGGAUAUAUUAGGUACAUCGUUAAUGGUUCAUGGUAAAAGGCUGUAGUACUGAAAGUAUCCAUACGAUUUACGUGGUGGCAGAGUCGUAAAUAAUUGAAGGCACACACAUUUCGCGGACGUUAACUGUAGACUCACUUCAACAAUUUAAAAAUCCGAGCGCAACUGAUGAUGCGUUUUCUCACGCACUCAAACGAGCUCUAUUUAAACAAGUAGACUAUUCAAAAACGAUUAAAUCUUGAUCACAAGGCAAGUCAUAUGCAAUGAUUAUUAUGUCAUUUAGUGUAUACACUUUCUAAUGGCCACCUAAUGUGUUAAUGGCAGAAUACACAGUCGUUCACUGUUAAGUUUUAUUUAAAAACUAGCCCCAUAUGUGCAUCAGGUUAAAAAACUAAGUACCGAUAGGUAUGAACUAAAAAUGACAUAUUUAUUACAAUUCAGUUUAAACUUAUUUGCAUCAACUUGAAGCAUUUUUUAACCACUAGGCUUGUCCCUACGGAUUACAUUCUAAAAUUGAAAUUUAAAUAAAUAUUUACCACAAAACAACCAAACGCCAAUAGAUUUAAUACAUGAGAAUGUUGGAUAAUGGUGUAUACUUUCUUCCAAGCUCAAACAUAAAUCUUAACAUGACAUUAUACAUUUAAUCUUUCAUACUUUUAAUUACUCUACUCCAAUAGUCCGACUUACCAUUUAGAACAUGCCUAAUAUACAUUACACCUAAUUCACCAAAUAUCAAAACAUUUUCAGUUGUUUUCUUGACACUCAAAAUCAGUUUCAAAUGAUGGAGCUGUAAUUUGGCAAAAAUAGAACUACCCUCUUAUCCCGAAACCUUAGAACCAUGCAAUAAAAUUUAUAAUAUCUAUAUAUAGCUGAUUUGAGGUUAAUAACCGUUUCGUCGAAAGAAAUUAGACAAACCGUUAAUAUUUUCAACACAUGACUUUUCAAUAUAAUUAAUACCUUAUUGAACACCUUAUCAUUGACAUCAUUACUUUUUUGUCAAACAGAUACACGACUUAUAGAGUCAGAUGCUUUCCGAAAGUCAACGUAUGCACAAUCAUUAUUUUUAAAUUGUCUGCAAGUUAAAAAAGAACUGAAAAUUUCAGAGAAUAAACCAAGCAUUUAAUAAAAAAACAGUCUGCUCCUCCCAAAUAAUUCAGCAUCAUUUAAAAAUAUAUCAAGCCUUCUAUUUAAUAUAUAUUACAACUUUGCGUUCAUUUCCAAAUAUAAAUAAAAUGCAUACAAAGGAUUUGAACAAUUUAAUUGUUUUCAAUGCAAAAAUAAAGCAUAGAAAAAUAGUAUUAUGAAUAUGGAUAAAAAACAUUCCAUAUCAAAAACAAAUUAUGGGAACUAACUUAAUUUUUGUCAUGAAUUACAUUUUCAAAAUAAAGUUAUACCCUUGUAAUUAUGAGUAAAACGGCCACCUUUAUGCUUAUAUAUACAUUAACACCACUCUUCAGAUAUAUCAUGUGUUUCGAAUACCAGAUUGGACACUAUUCCCACUAACUUUAGCCCAUUUAUAUGUUUAUAAUGUCGAAUGUAUUCAUUAAAAAUAUUAUCACACAUUGAGCUUGGUUUGUUAUUAUGUAGAUUAGAAAUGUCAAGCACUAUCUAAUUUUCUGUGUUUGUUUUAGAUUAGAUCAUUUAGCUCUUCGUUACACUCUAAUUCUUCAUUAGCUUUAUUUUCAUUUAGUUUACUGAAAUGUUAAAAAAAUAUUAAUACUUUAGACACAACCUUACUCUUCUCUUAUGAGUAUAUACUUAAUGAAAAGCAAGCCUUCCACUUAGUGUAUGAAUGUCUCUCGUUCUUUAAUUUCGUAUUCAUAUCGUUAUUUUGAGACAGAAAUUUGGCAAUGAUGUUUUAUUGCUUACCUUUUUGCCUUACAUUCUGACUGAAACACUUCCUAUAGUUAGUUAAAUUAGUAAAUAAUCAAAACUCGCCCACAAUUUUAAAUCAUGUAAAGCAAUGCUGCUAAACACAAGUUUAAACCAUGAUGAACAUACAAAGGUGAACAUAUUUUCAGACAAUGGUAAGGUUUUGUCGCCUAUUUCAAUUAAUGUGGGAAAUUGUAGCUUAAAGCUGAAUGACUUUCUCAACGUUUAAAAUCGAACAGAAUUUCAGCGUUUUAAUCAUCGAACUUUAAAUAUGUAAAUGCAUAGGUCUUCGUUUCUAAGUUUAAAACUGAAAGGGCUAAAUAAUGGCUGAAGUUUAAUUAUAACAUUGGUCUACAAAUAUAUAUAUGUUAUUUAAAUACAUUUAGGAUUGACCAGAACUCUCACCCAUUGAGAUAAAAAAAAACAUUCCGGAAAGUUCGUACGUGUGAGCCAGUUCAAGUGUAUUUGCACAGGAAAAUGACAAAGUAGAAUUUAAGUGUAACAACGAUUAGUAUGAAAUAUAAUAGAAUUCCAAUCACUGAAUA